AUGCAUGAGGGAGUCUUAGUGUCUGUUGCUGAUGAUUCCAAACACGGUUCUGUCUUGCAACCUCUUGUGUCCGAUGAUUUACUAAUUGUUUAUCUAUAUCAAUAUCAUCUUAUUGAAACCUUAAAAAUCGACGUCAGCGAUACAAGGAAACUUAGCACAUCGCAGCUUACUCAAACCCCAUUAACGGUACCAAGCGACCGAAACCCACAGACCACCCUCGCCAAUGGUGCCGACAACAAGUCGGCAGUUCCUGAGCCUGAUCCAGGACACUACCAGCGACGGGGGAGGAUGCAACAGCAACACGAGGACCAGGACCAGGAGCGGGGAAUCGUAAUGGUCCCGUCGUCCUCCUCGACGUCCACGUCUACCAGCACGGAACUACGUGACGUCGCCAGUGUCGCCGAUGCCACCCUGCCGAGUUUUACGCUGCAGAGUGUUGCCCUUGGUCUUCAAGGUGCUCUGCUCGCCGCCCUUCAGAGGGCUGCUUUACUACCACCCGGACACGCAGCCGCCGCCGCUUUAAAUCUUCAGGCGUUAGAGACGUAUUUAACCCUUCAUCGUCUUCACGCAAGCAGCACCGCGCCUGGUGUCAAUCAAACCGCGGGAUUGGCCGGGAAUCAGAGGUGUGCAACGAUAAGCACAGACCUGGAAACUAAUCCGUUGACGUCCCCGUCGAAGAACGAUCAGCUAGCGGCGGAGAGGCUGUUGAAGGAGGAGGAUGAAGAGGGUCGGUUGGAUUUUGGCGAGGAUCCAGAAGAGAACUUGGCCUUGCUCGAGGAACAGGAAGUCUUGUUGCGUGACACAUCGGUGGCGACGACAUCCGCGAAUCAUGAGACUCUAUUGCGACGGAUAACGGAGGGAACUCGUGCAAACACCGUGUCCGCGAGUACCGUGACCCAAUCGACGUCCCUGUCGCAGAUCGCCAGUUCGUCGUUCACGUUCCCGGCUACGUCGUCGGCCUGCUCCUCGUCCUCCUCUUCGUCGUUGUCGUCGUCCUCAUCGGUACAAGCCACGGCCACUACGGUCGAAUCGAGUAUACCACGGACCUGCAGGGCGUCCAGGCCGAAGAAGCAGUUUAUCUGUAAGUUCUGCAGUCGGCAGUUCACCAAAAGCUACAAUCUGCUGAUACACGAGAGAACGCACACCGACGAGAGACCGUACUCUUGCGACAUUUGUGGAAAGGCUUUCCGACGGCAGGAUCACCUGAGGGAUCAUAGGUACAUUCACAGCAAGGAAAAGCCGUUCAAAUGCGCCGAGUGCGGCAAAGGCUUCUGCCAGAGCAGGACCCUGGCGGUCCACAAGAUCCUGCACAUGGAGGAAUCGCCGCACAAGUGUCCCGUCUGCGCCCGAAGCUUCAAUCAGAGGAGCAACCUGAAGACUCAUCUCCUGACCCACACGGACAUCAAGCCGUACCACUGCGCCUCCUGCGGCAAGGUCUUCCGUAGGAACUGCGACCUGAGGAGGCACUCGUUGACUCAUAAUUUGGGCGUAUCGACGUCACCGCCGCCGCCGGGGAUCCCUGUACCUGGCUCCAGCACCGUUGUGCUUCAGGAGACAUCCUAG